AUGUCUUCAAUAUUAUCUAUUCAGCCGACCACUAAAUCAGCUGCAGCAGCUACUGCUGCUGCUACUACCAAUACUGCUAAUUCUACCAUCCCUUCUUCUACAAAAACAAUCACAACAGUCCUUCAUCUUUUUACAACCAAAAUCACUGUGAAGUUUUCUACGACUAACUUUACACCCGAAAAUCUUCAUCGGGAAACCCGCAAAGCUCUCAACAUCCCCCAAGACACUCCAAUUGCGGUAUUUCGGAAUUCCAAGUCAGAAAAUGCUUAUACUUACAUUUCUUCCCCAGAGUCCUAUGCUAAGCUUUCUCGAGCAAUUCGGGCCAAGAAUCGUGCGAAACUCAUGGUGGUACCACUAAGACCUUUUUUGUACACCCCACCUCCAGGCUCUUCUACUAUUGAUAACCCCAUUGCUUUAAGUCCAAACAAGGUUGACAGCUCUAAUGUUAAGGAGGGUGGCGAACUUAAUAGAGCUAAUAACAAAGCUUCCCCGCAACACAAAGACCUUCCUAAGUAUACGGCAUCAAAAUUGGCUGUUGACGUUGACACACUGAAGCAGGCUAUUGUUUCACAGGAAUGUGUUGAUGCUCUUAAAAAAUCACUCUUGUCGUCUAAGGACUUUAUUGAUGACAUUUCAAAAGAGUUACAGUCUAAAGAUACCCUUAAAAAUGAUAGCAGCUUCAGUGGCAAUGCUUCUUCUCCACCCCUCUUUAAAAAGCUCAAGGUCCAUAAUGCUAUUUGCGAUUAUUGUGAUUGCUCCAUCAAAGGAAAUAGAUACAAAUGUCUGGACUGUCCUGACUUUGACUAUUGUGAGUCAUGUCAUAAUAAUUCUGGGGACUCUGGAGUCAUUGAAAAACAUCUUUUUUCUCAUUCUUUUGUAAGAAUAAAGGCUCCUAACGAUUAUAUUUCUGUGAGUAAGAAACUUGUUUCUCAUCCUCAUAUUCAUUGUGAUGGUGAAUCUUGUGCGAAUUCAACAAGCUCCAUUGUAGGUGUUCGUUACAAAUGCCUCGUUUGCGAUGAUUUUGACCUUUGCUCUUCGUGUGAGGCUUUGCCUGCAAAUCCACACAACCCUCACCAUCCAAUGAUUAAAUACAAGUUACCUGCUUCUCGUAUUUGUCCUUUCGAUGUAAAGGUUGAAAGUCUUAUUGCUUCUACCAAUUCAACCACUACUGCUACUGCUACUGCUACUGCUGUUGCUGCUGCAACUGCCGCCGCUAAUGCCGCUGCCAAUGCUUCAUUUUCUGCUACAAAUACUUUUGUUGCUGCCCCUACUUCAGAUUCCGUUUGUGUUUCUACUCUUACAUCGAUCCCUGCUCCUAUUAAAACCUCUGACAAUGCACCUGCCCUCACCUGUGAACAAUUAGUUAAAGAAGCUGGAUCUUCUUCAAAUAUUUCUGAGCCCUGCUCUGAUGUUGUUGAACCCAAGGACAUUGAAAUUGCUGGGAAAGUCUUAACAAUGACUGAGGUUGGUAUUGAAAAAGAGCUGCGCCGUUUUAUUGUUUCUGUUGAAAACUCUUCUCUUGAUGCCUGGCCAGCAAAUACUGUUUUGAGCAUUACGUGUGAAGGUUCUUCUUUUAUUACCAAGGUGGGUCAUACUAUUGAUGUCACGGAGCCAUCUCAAAGUGCUUGCUUUAUCGUUUCCGUCCCAGUUUUGGUCGAGCCCAAAGAUGUUUUCUUUUCUCUUGUUGUUGAAGAGUCCAAAUACCCUGUUGAUGUCUCGCAGGCCGAGAUUAAACAUAUGAUUCCUUUUGUUGAAGAUAACUCCAAACCUUCUGCUUCUCCAUAUUUGUCACCUUCUUCCUCAUCAGAAGGCCUUACUUCAGCUUCUGUUUUGCUCACCGCUAAAGUAUCCCCAAGUUCUUCUCUUGACUCUUCUGAAGUCAUUCUUCCUAAAAUUGUUCUUGAACAUUCCUUAUCGCCUGUUGUAGUCUCUGAGACAUCUGAAGAACAUGUCGAAUCGACACCUGAUACGGAUCAAGUGUUGGAAUCAAACUCUGAACUAUCACGCAGUGCGACCCAAACUUCUUUUGAAUCCAAUUCUUUGUCUAACUCUCCAUCUGCCAAUACUAUUGAAGACCAUGUUUAUGAUUGGUCUGAUUCAUCGGAUUCUGAAUAUGAAUUUGUUUAA